AUGGCUCAGGCUGCCCUCAAGAUCUCUCUAAGAAAAAGAUUUGAUGGGAUGCUGUUUGGAGAUCUGGCAGAACUGGCAGAUAAAGCAUCCAAGUACGAGGAGUUGCUCAGGGAAGAACAGCAGAAGAGGAACUCUUCCAAAGGCACAUAUUACAAGUCCCCUUCUUCUUCAAUACAUAUGAUUGAAGUAGAGUCAGAAGAAGACACAGAAGGCUCGGAGGAGAGAGAGAUUGUCGUGGCAGAAAUGACAAAAUUAAAGCACCCCAUCAGUUGUAAGGCUCUUACAAAGCCUCCAAGAGAUCAGAAGCCGCCACCAUUCACAUGA